GAAUGGCGUUAAUAUACGAUGCAGUGAGUGUCUUCAUCACUGCGUUCCGGGAUUUAUCGCAGAAAGAGCAGCUGCAAAUCAAACCUCUGGACUGCGAUCGCUCUGAAGUCACUGAAUAUGGCACGAAAAUGUACGAAGUCAUCAAAAAGCCCUCCAAGCAAAGCAAGCCUUUGCUGUCCGGAUAUUUAACUGGUCCGGUACUGUUUGACCAGCACGGUCAGAGGAGGAACUUAAUCCUCCAGAUUGUGGAAAGAUCGAAACCGGUCGAUGGAGCCUUCCGGUUAACUGGCUACUGGAAUUCGGCGCUUCCCAAAAAUAUCAGUUACACAGUGACAUCAGCUCAACGUGAGAAGGAGCUGCAGAAGGAAAUCCAGACCAAAAAUUUCAAAGUGGUGUCCAAGUAAGUGCCUUUGGUGGCGAAAUCAUUUCCCCACCAAUUUGAUUGACAGAAAUCUCGAUCAAAAACACCAAAAAACUGAUGAAAACACACACAAAAUAAUCGAUGACCAACCACGAAAUUUCCCGGAUUUUCACCGGAGUGAAAUGCGUCUGGAUUUGCGAGCGUUUUACUCCUUGCUUCCAGUUCUUGUAGCCCAAAGCUUUUUCGAUUAAGAGCCCACUGAGGCCGCUCUGCUGCAGCCGCAUGAUUCCCUCGUUAAUCUCAGCCAGCAGCGGAUGGUUUUUGCUCAAAAACAAAUUGUAGGGAACUCGUUUGAUUAUCUGCACCAGCUUGAAAGUGGCAGCGUUUUCCUGCGUAUAAACCUUAGCUAGAAGAUACUUGAAGAUCAGUUCUCGUAGAAUAUGGUUCUGAUUGGGGUCCAUCCCUUCUACAUCUGUCUCGUUUCGCCAGUAUUUCCGCAGCUGAUUUUUAUCAAUGGUUUUGAAGGUGGUUUCAAUCAGGUCCUCCAAGAUGAAAGAUUCCACGGUAAUUUUCAUGUUCCUCGCCAGAAUAUCAUCGACAUUCCUCGCUUGGCAGGCGGUUACAUAGCAAACCAGCAUGUGGUAAAUGGUGCCUUGCAUCAAGCCUUCCAUAAGCAGCACUAGGGAAAGCAGUGGAAAUAUCACGAAAAAUUUCGUUUUGUACUGGUCUCGGACAAUGGAUUGAAAACUCGCUUUGAAUGGGGAGCGCAGCACAGUUAUCCCGAUGAUGCAGAGCGCAAGAAAAACCCCGAAAAUGGCCAGUGCAAGCUCAGGACGAAUUUGGACUAGGCCGACGAAUCUGGGGCAAUUCGCUGUGGGCACAACUAAAGCGCUUCCAUCCUCCAUAUGGGAAACAGAUAAAUCGAAAGCCUGUAAAUCAUCCACGCAUGGAUUCGUCCCAAUCACCACAUCACACGUGUGGUUGAUUAGGUGAUCAAAAAUUCCCUUUGAGUGAUUUCCUGGCUUGCAUCGAUAAGUCCUUGGGCCAUGGUAUUUUAGGUAGCUGAUGUUCACUCCCAGAUAAACCGCCGUCAUGUUCAAAAUUGAGCUUUCAACGUCUGGAAAGCAACCUUUUUGGCCCACUAUUUUAUGUGUAAAACUCAACAGUACCUGUGUAUGGCUGGUACUCAUAAUAACAAACUUUCAGUGUUCCAGAUGCAUUUUUCUUGGGCAACAUGGUUCGACUUCUUCGUCAGUUCUAAUGCUGUAAUGACGGCAAGUUCAUGCUUGCAUUACUAAAGGACACUUAAUGCGUUUCCAAUUGAUAUCCCUAAUUAAUGGCUUCAUUAGCGGUCGUUAUGCGGUACUUAUUGCCUGUUUAUUCAAGGGCUCGGGGGCCAUUAGUUGGUCGUUACAGAUUGUUCACAAUUUGCGGGUUUUAUUACGCGUUUGCAAGCAAGUUUGUUUGGAUAGCAGGUUUGACACUGGAAUAAAAACUCCUUUUAUUCUCAAAAAAUGCCAAGCUUUGAAGCCUUUAUUCGGAUUUGCCUCAAGCUCUGAGAAAGCUUUAGAUUUUCGUUUGUUUCAUCAAAUUGUAGAGAUUGAGGAUUUUUUCGUUGGUUGAAAAGAUUUGCUCGCUUUUGGAUGAAAUUUAGGAAAAAGUCUUGAAUGAUUGAUAUGAGAAUGACCCGAAUGAAAAGUUGAAAAGGUGGCAAUUUUUUAGAGUAAAAUGAGUUUUUAUUCCCGUUGCAAACUCGAUAUACAAACAAAGUUAUUUGCUUGCUUUUUACACGUUUUCCUUUUAUCAAGUUGCACAGUUUCAGUUAAGGGCGGA